AUGCCACCGAGACGACCCCCACGUCGUUAUGGGAGGCAAAGGAUUAUACAGGAUCGUGGUGAAAGGUUACCGCCUCCACCACCUCCACCUCCUCCUCCACCGCCGGGUGUUCCUGAGAUAGCACACUCCUUGGCAGAAGUAGCGCGUUGUAUGGCUGAGAUUAUGGCCAAUGGUCAACGCCAGGAGAGAAGAGAAGGGUGUCCUUCUGAGACCUUCUUUAGGCACAACUCACAAGUAUUUGCAGGGCAUGAAGGCCCUAGGGAAGCUGAUUAUUGGUUUGAAACAACACAGAAGUUGAUGGUAGCCCUUAAGUGUACCGAUACAGAGAUGGUAGAGUAUGGGGGUUUGAAACUCACAGGUGAAGCAUCCAAGUGGUGGGAUCCCACAAAGGCCAACCUGAAAGGUCAAUUAGGGGAUGGGGUCCCAAUCACAUGGGCGCACUUUAAAGAGAAAUUCUAUGAACAAUAUGUUCCUCGUGUCCAACAGCAGCUGUGGGCCAAGGAAUUCCUAACCCUCACCCAGGGCAACAUGACUGUUGUCCACUAUUCCACAAAGUUCAUGGAAUUGUCGAGGUAUGCCCAUACUCUUAUCCCUAAUGAUCGGGCCAAAGCCGAAAAGUUCUUAGAUGGUUUAUCGGCGCUCAUCAAGGAGAGGAUCUCUAUCCUCGAGAUUAAGGAAUACUCAAAGGCUGUGCACACUGCCAUGAUAGCUGAGCAAGCUAUUAAGGAAGCAGCUGCAGAGUAUGUACAGAAGAAGAGGUCAAUGUCGGAAGCUGUGCAUUCACCCAAAAGGCAAAUCGUGGGUGGUAGUAGUUCAGAGGCACUUGUGAGGAGAAACAUUCCUCUAAGCUACGAAAACUCGAGAAAUCUGCAAUGUAGUAAGUGCGGGAAAUUGCAUCCCGGGGUAUGCAGGGUUGGAACAAAUAGCUGCUACCGAUGUGGCAAGACAGGCCACUAUGCCAAGGAAUGUUUGAAGGCCACUUCUGGGAGUCAGGGACCAUUAGCUAUCGAUUACCAACCUAGGCAGCCUGCUCAGGCACGUGUCUACUCCCUCACUCCAGGAAAUACUACAACAGAGGCGAACAAUGUCAACCUUGUCACAGGUACCAUUUCCUUGUAUGGUAGCCUUGUUUGUGUAUUGUUUGACUCAGGUGCUAUACACAUUCAUUCAUUCUAUCCGCAUAUGUGA